AUGAGGAUCUCGACGUUCCAGGCCGCCAUCGGCUCGGCCUCGGUUCUGUUCACCGCCCAGUCGGCUUCCGCCAGCAUCGGUCACCGACACGCACAUGUUGAAUAUGCGAGGAGGCAUGCCCAUGGACACAAUCAUGAUGCCCGCCAGGCGGAGGAGGCGGCCAACGCCACCGAGAUCGUCGCGAGGAAGGCUACCUGCACGCUGCCAGACCAUCCCGAUCUGGUCUACGUCCCGGGCCAAGAUAACAAUGGGUUCGCCCUGAGCCCCGAUCAGUCUUGCAACGAUGGAGACUAUUGCCCGAUUGCCUGUGUGUCUGGCAAGGUCAUGGCGCAGUGGAAACCAGGCACGACGUAUACGUAUCCCGAGUCCAUUUACGGCGGACUCUACUGCAACGGCGGGAAGGCAGAGAAGCCGUUCGAGGACCGGCCAUAUUGUGUGGAUGGCACCGGCGCGGUGAAGGCCGUGAACAAGGCGGGCAGCAUCGUGUCGUUUUGCCAGACGGUACUGCCGGGCAACGAGGCCAUGAUCAUCCCGACCGAUGUCACAGACACGGCAACAAUUGCCGUACCGGGGCCGGAUUAUUGGGACGGAACCGCUGCGCACUACUACAUCAAUCCGCCCGGGAUCCCCUCCUCCGUUGGCUGCGUUUGGGGAGUCAUCACUAAGGCACUCGGCAACUGGACCCCUUAUGUCGCCGGCGCAAACACCAUGGCCAAUGGCGAGACCUUUGUGAAGAUCGCGUGGAACCCCGAGUACCUGAAGACGCCCCUGGCCAAGAGCAUCCCGACCUACGGUCUCAAGAUUGAGUGCCCCGACGGCGGCUGCAACGGCCUGCCCUGCGUGAUCGACCCCUCCAAGGGCGGCAUUAACAGCGUUGAUAGCCCCGUCAGCACCAGCGGCGUCGGUGACGCCAACUUCUGCGUCGUCACUGUGCCCAAGGGCAAGACCGCCAACAUUGUGGUUUUUAACACGGACGGUUCUUCAGGCGGCGGCGGCGGCGAUGAUAACGACAGCGAUGAUGACGACAAGGACGACGGCGGCGACAAGCCCUCGCCCUCGCCCUCGCCCUCGCCCACGCCCGAGCCCAAGCCCUCCUCCUCUUCAAAGGCGCCCGAACCGCCCAAGAUCACUAGCGACUCCGACGUCCCGACUACCACGGCGGCGCCGUCCUCGUCGCGCGCCGCGUCCACGUCCACUCCCUCCGACUCGUCCUCCUCCUCCUCCACCUCUUCGGAGGCCUUCUACGGCGCCAUGUUCCACGAGCAGGACGUGCGGGGCAGCACCUUGUCGAACGAGACGGCCCCGGCCACGGCGCCCGAGCCCGUCAAGGCCUCGGCGUCUGAGGCAGCGAAGGAGCCCGUGUCGACCACAUCGAAGAACGAGGGCGCUGCUGCCGAGGGCGGCUCGGCGAUUGCCGGGCUCGUGGUCGCGCUUGUUGCCGCCGCGGCCCUUCUCUAG